GAGUCAUUGUGUAAGUAGUUGCCAAUGAUUUCACAAAGAACUGCAAGGGAAUAACGUGUAUACACGCCAUAGUUCGACUUUAGUAACGUGCGAGCCAUGACAGUGACAAGAAAAUUCAUUAUCAUAGCUGUAUUUGUUGUUUUAUGUUUGGUAACAACUGUGGAAUACGGAGUUCUCUUCAUACCGUUCACUGUUAAGAAAUGGACAACGUUAAAAAAGAAUAUAUCCUUGACCUUGUAUGAGUUAAAUUCCAACAACACCGUGAGAAGAACACCUCAGGUUACCAGUGACCAGUGGUUAAAUUCCAACACCUCCGUAACAGGAGCAUCUCAGACGUCUAAUGAUCAGUGGUAUGAAGCAUGUGAUGCGCCAAAAACAAAGGUGGUAUUCUUGAAGACAUAUAAGACAGCUAGUACGACAGUUUCGUCAAUACUCACACGUUUUGGACUCAGUCACAGCUUAUCGUUUGUAUUACCAGCACACCAUCCUCCGGGGUAUUUUUCGAGCACAAUUCGUUUCAACAGUGGAAUGGCGCGACAUCUGUUGCCCCCUCUUCCAGGCACCUCGUACAGCAUGUUUGUUAGCCAUGUUCCAUUUAAUAAAACGGCUACCAUCAAUAUUAUUCAAAAUGCCACGUAUAUAACAAUAUUACGUCAUCCCGUGGCUACAUACGAGUCGAUAUUUGGAUUUUUUAAUAUUAGUGAUGCCCUCGACUUAUACAAAAAACAAGAUCCAUUCGGAAGUUUUUUGUCAAAUACAAACCAGUAUAUGAAUCGCACUAUGAGCGAUUACCAUAGAUCAUUACUGAGAAACAGGCAGAUGUUUGAUUUAGGACUUGACCCUGAGAACAGUUACAAUGAAACACUCGUGGAUCACGCGAUACAAAAAGCAACAAAUGAUUUCGAUUUGGUUAUGAUUGCAGAGUAUUUUGACGAAUCGCUUAUUUUGUUGAAGAAGCUUUUAUGCUGGGAAUUUGAAGAUAUUGUAUACAUACAGCAAAAUACGAGAAACGACCAACUGCGAUCCAGACUUGAUGAUUGGAAACGACAGCGAAUAUUGGAAAUAAACAGCGCCGAUUUGAAACUGUAUCAACACUUCAACAACACUUUUUGGCUUAAGGUUAAGGCGUACGGUGACAGUUUUGAUGAAGACUUAGCAACAUUUCGAGAUAUGUUAAAGAAGGUACAUUCGGAGUGUUUAGAUGAAGGCAGAUUCGUUAUUGACUAUUCGAAUCGGAGAAACAGAACACUUAUAAAACCAAACUCACCAAGUUAUUGUAAAAUGAUAGAAAGCUGGGGUUUUGAUGAAAUUGCUGCAAAACAAACACCAAAGAAAAAAAGAGUCACAGUUCGUAAGCAGUACCACAUGGUCAAAAAAACGCGGACAUAA